CAACAGUCACAAGUAGGAACUUGAAGAAAAGACUCAGACUGAGUGGCAGGCAGCCACAGAGACGAGAGAAGCAGCGACGAGUGCAGGAUUCACUGGGACAGUGAGCGAAUCAAGUGAAAGGUGAUCUGAGUUGGGACCCCAGCACGCUUAUCUUUCUUUGGACUUUCUCAAAAGUACAAGUGAAUCACUUAUGAAACUGGUCCACCCCGAGGACACCAACCAACCAACAAGCAAAAUGAACAGCUCCAUAUCCUCAUCAACUAUUAUAUUGGUCAAUACUGUUUUUGCUCACAAUUCUCUGUUCUCACUCCCAGCCACAUCUCCUCCAACGACCCCUACUUUCUCCUCUGUGGCCACUCCGAAACCAACUAGUUGUUCAUUAGAUGACUCGGCUCUCCGUCUGCCACUAGCUGUUGUCUAUUCCUUGUUGUUCCUCCUUGGCUUAGUGGGUAACCUCUUUGCCUUGUGGGUCUUCAUUUUUGUUCACUCCAGCCAUAACUCUUUGCGUGUGUUUCUUAUCAACUGCGCGGUGGCAGACCUGGUCCUUCUGGCAUGUCUUCCCUUCAGAAUCAUCUACCACAUUAUUGGGAACCGCUGGCUACUGGGACAUGUGGCCUGCAAGCUGGUGGGGAAUCUAUUCUACAUGAACAUGUACAUAAGCAUCAUGCUACUGGGGUUUAUCAGCCUCGAUCGCUACUUGAGGCUCAAAGGGAAGGGCAGAGUGCGAAGAGGCUUGGGGGCACGACUCUGCGGAUGUGGUUUGCCGUGUAGUUGGGUGGCAUGUGGGGCACUAUGGGGCCUGUCUCUGGCAGCAUUGGUUCCCAUGAUUGCCACUGCGGAGGACAAAGAGGAACACAACAAAUGCUUCCAAUUCAAGCAUCGAAGGCUUGCCAGCGGAAAAGCUUACUUUAAUAUUGUACUGGUGGCAAUGUUUUGGUUUGUCUUCAUCAUGCUCGUGGUGUGCUAUGCCAAGAUCACCUACCAGUUAAUGAAAGUGUCAAGGGACAAGCCAGAACUUCCCAAUGCACGAAAAUAUGGAUGUACAGCAAAGAAAUCCUUCUUUGUCCUUUUCCUGUUCACCCUUUGCUUUGGUCCCUACCACAUCUUUCGGCCCAUCUACAUUCUCGCGCAGCUAAAUGAGACAGUGACUUGUGAAUACUUGCGUGUGGUGGAUCACAUCAAUGAGGUCAUGCUGUUAUUGUCUGCCUUUAACAGCUGUUUGGAUCCUGUUAUGUAUUUUGUUUUGUCUGGCUCGGUGCGCAAAACUGUCAUCCAUGCACUUGAAAACAGACUUGGCAAUCGACUUUUCUUUCAAAAUGAAACCCCAUCCUACAGCUCUACAACAGAGUUCCGAAGGUCUUCAGUACCUUUAGCUUUACCAAGAACUGUGGACUGAGUCUUCCACACCACUGGUAUUGACAGAACCAUGACUUCAGAUGAACGUAUCACAAUGGUGUGUUAUUACUCUUCACAGACUUGCUGCAUGUAAAUAAAGAUGAUGGAUUUGCAAAA